AUGACGGCGGCAACGGCUUAUGCCUCACCUGAUCCCACCCACUUCAGUUUCUUGCUACCGGUGGUUAGAACGCCGCCCAUGGGAGACGCCGGCAAAUACACGGUCGGCUGGAUUUGCGCCCUGCCUACCGAGUUCAACGCGGCCAAAGCUUUCUUCGACGAGAAGCACCACGACUCCCCUCCUGUCGCAUGUCACGAUAACAACAGCUAUGCGCUGGGCAGGAUCGGUAAUCACAACGUCGUGGUCGCCGUCUUGCCUGACGGGGAGUAUGGUACAACUUCAGCUGCUGUAGUGGCCCAAGGCAUGCUGCACAGCUUCCCUAAUGUUCGCAUUGGGCUCAUGGUUGGCAUCGGCGGCGGCGCGCCCAGCCAGAAACACGACGUCCGGCUUGGCGAUGUUGUUGUCAGUAGUCGUGACAGAGGCAAGGGCGGCGUCUUCCAGUACGAUUUCGGCAAAUUGGUUCAAAACCAGGGCAUCUCCUUUGAGCACACGGACUUCUUGGACCAACCGCCGAUGGCGUUGCGAACAGCGGUGAACGCUCUGAAGGGCCAAUACGAGAUGGAGGGACAUCAGCUCAAUGAGCACAUUGACAAAGCAUUAGCAAGGUGGCCCCGCCUGCGAAAGACAUACGCGCGGCCCCCUUCGCACAACGACAGGCUCUAUCAAUCCGGUGUCCUUCAUCCGAAGGGAGCGGACAAAUGCGAUAGCGCAUGCGGCGAUAGCCCAUCUCACCUCGUGCAUCGGACCGAACGAGGCGACCUUGACGAUAACCCCGCUAUUCACUAUGGGUUGAUUGCUAGUUCGAACCAACUGAUGAGACAUGCCAAAAUUAGGGAUACUAUGGCAAAAGAGAAGAGCGUCCUCUGUUUUGAGAUGGAGGCGGCUGGUCUGAUGAACUAUUUCCUAUGCCUGGUGAUUCGUGGGAUCUGUGACUACUCCGACUUACAUAAGAACAAAGAAUGGCAAGGGUUCGUAGCGAUGACGGCGGCUGCUUAUGCGACGGACCUUUUGCGUUAA